GUAUUCUCAAUAUGUUAAAUGAAUAAAGCCUCGCGUACAACUUCUUUAUAUACUUACAACUAAAAUAUUGAAGAAUGAAGACUUUUGUGCUUGUUACAUGUCUGAUAAUUAUGACGCUAAAAAUUCCUGAAAGAUUUGCAUUGAGCUCAGCUAACAGAGUUCCUUCUAAUCUUCACAAAAUGUCACGAAAGAAUUUAUUUUGUGUUGCCGAAUACAACGCGGAAAAUCAAAAUUUCUAAGCUGUUAUUCAUCCAAACCUGAACCGCUACCAACGUUGCUUGACUUCUAUGUGCACAGGAACUGCUACCUAACAAUGAAUAAUGAUCCGUGAACACCUUAUGUUAAUACGUAAUGUAUAAGACUGAUAAGUCUUCAAUAUAUGCUGUUGAAAACAUUAAAUUAAAGCAUAUUUUUUUUAAUUUGUAUAAAAAUGUAAUUCUUUAUUGGUUUUACGAAAUAGCAGAGUCAAUCACAUGGGACUAUAAGUAUGCAAGUAUCGAUUGUCAAUCUUUUACUUUUUGAGUCACAAAUUCCUCCAAAAGCAAACAGAAAAAUUAUAUUUUUACAAAUAAAUGCCUAUGGGUUUCGGCCACC